GCAGAUGAUGACUCGGUUCCGGACGUUUUGGACCGGGAUCCUCGUCCUCCUGACGGCCGGUCCUCCUCUUGUUCAGGGUUUCAGCCACCUGACCUUUAACCUUUGUAAGUGGUGCGAGGCGUCCGGUCCGGUCUGCAAAGACAGCGUCUGCUUCAGUAACUGCAGCCUGUCGUCCUUCUGCACCGUCACCGAGGAGAUCUGCAUCGCCGUCUGGAGGAAGAACAACGACACCAUGACGGUGCACACUAUGUGUCACAACCCCACCCUGCCACUAGAGGGCGUCGACUCCGGCCUGCUGCUCAACUUCACCUCCAGAGAGUGUCACAUGGUCCCACAGCCGGCGGAGGACGGAGCCACGAUGGUCUGUGGGUGUCAAGGAGAACACGAGUGUAACGACAAACUCAUCUUCGACAAGGGAGCCAACGGAUUCUCCAAGCUGCAGAGUAAAGACGUGAUCCCGGUGGUGGUGGUUAGUUUGGUGCCUCCUGUCCUGGUGGCCAUAGUUGCCACGGCAGCCUUCUACUUCUACCGCGCACACCGGUCUGACAAACCAGGUCCUCCUGCACGCCCUGCUUGGCCAACCAAACACACCCCAGAGCUCUACCAGGCUUUUGACCUGCCCUGUGGGGGUUUGGGGGCUCGGGGGGAAGGUGGAGGUGGAGGCUUGAUUGGUCCUGGAGCUCAGAGGGUGCAGUCUAAUGGCAAGGUGCUAUCUCUGAACCAUGACAUCAUGUGUGACAUGAUGGACUGGCAGGGCGGGCUGAACGAACCACUGCCCAUCAAGCUGGAGGUUCUGGUGGGGAAGGGGCGCUUCGCUGAGGUGUGGAGGGCGGGCCUGCUGCAGGGUGUGAAGGGUGGAGUCAACAGCUACGAAACUGUGGCGGUGAAGGUGUUUCCAGCUGUGGAGUACGCCUCCUGGAGAAACGAGUGCUCCAUCUUCUCCGACCCCAAACUGGAGCAUGACAACGUGGUUCGGUUCUUUGCUGCGGAGGAGAGGAGACUGCCGGGCCACGCCCUCAGGAAGUACUGGCUGGUUCUGGCCUAUCACAGCCUCGGGAACCUGCAGGACUUCCUUACUGCGAACGUGCUGAGCUGGGAGGAGCUUGUUUCCAUGGCCGGCAGCAUCGCCAGAGGGUUAGCUCACCUCCAUAGUGACACAACGCCCGGCGGGAUACCAAAGGUGCCGGUUGCCCAUCGGGACCUGAAGAGCAGUAACAUUGUGGUAAAGAGCAGGAGGGAGUGCGCCCUGUGUGACUUUGGUCUGGCGUUAAGACUGGACCUUUCCCUCACUGUGGACGACUACGCCAACAGUGGACAGGUGGGGACGGCUCGCUACAUGGCUCCGGAGGUCCUUGAGUCCAGGGUGAACCUGGAGGACCUGGAGGCCUUUAAACAGAUGGAUGUUUACUCCAUGGCUCUGGUCCACUGGGAGAUGGCCUCCCGCUGCCACGCCAUCGGAGAAGUGAAGAGCUACGAGCCGGCGUUUGGCUCUCAGGUGUGUGAGCAGCCUUGUGUGGACAGCAUGAGAGACCUGGUUCUGAGGGACCGAGGACGGCCGGACAUCCCGUCAGCGUGGACCCAGCACCAGGGGAUGGGUGUCUUCUGCUCCACCAUCACUGAGUGCUGGGACCACGACCCUGAAGCCCGACUGACGGCUCACUGCGUGGUGGAGCGCCUAAACGUUCUGCAGGAGGAGGAGGAGGAGGAGGAGGAGGAGGAAGAGGAGGAGGAGGAAGGAAGGCCAGACGCCGACAGAGAGGAUGACGUGGACAGAGAAAAGGACUCAGAGACAGCAGACAAUAACCAGAGUCCGUCUCCCUGCUCCCCUCCCCCCCUCCAGACUCCCCGUCCAGACUCAACGACAGGUGGCUCGGAGGUUUCCCAUGAUGCCCUGCUUCACCCUGGCUCUGCGGUGUGAGCGGGGGACCUGGUGGUUCCGCUGUGAGCCCUCCUUCCUCCUGUCGCUGGCUGCAUUUACACUGAAAUCUGUAGUUUAAACUCCAGCUGUUACUGUAGCAGCUGAUAGAGAAGAGACUGAUACGAGGCUGAACAUGUCCAUGUGAACAACAGCAAGGCUAAUGCUAACAGGUGAUGCUAACUCGUCUCUUCUGAGGACAUCAGUCUUCUGCUGGCAGAGAUAAAAACUGUUUAGUUGUUGAAGUGUUUCAUGUUGUAGGAGCUGGUCUCCGUUGUGUUCUUGUAUUAUUCUUUAAUACUGUGAUUAUCUUUUCUAUAAUCUACUCGUUAGAAUAAACAGGAGAGAGACUUCUUUCCUGUUCUUGUGUCUGGUUUAAAGAAACCAAUUAUAUCAGAAGAACUGAACCUGUUGUGACUCUUCACCAGUUUGGAAAGAAAAUCCCCACAUGUACUUAUUAUUUUAAAUGACUGAAUAUGAGUCAAAUACUUUUCCAUCCAGCAUGAAACACAAAUACAGAAAACCACUAAAGGAUGGAAA